ACAAGUGAUUAUUGAAGGAUAAUGGAGGCCCUCGAUUUUUAAAAUUUUUCUUCAACUACUGACAAUCUUUAUUCUCAUCCGACAUAUUUCUCGUUCUUUCUGUCUCUUCAAAUCCCUGGAGCGAUCAGUCAGUCUCUGUACCAAACUCACAAUACAGUUUUGAUUGUCGAGUGUAGACAAAUGGUAACUGUGUAAUAUCAUGCGGAAAAAGAAUUAUGGAUAUAAAGCGGAUUUAAUUGAAAAGUAAAAGGAGCUAACCUGAGGCCACAUAUUUUCUGUAAAUCCAUGGCUAUGCCUGCUCUCUGUUUCUUCCCCCCUCAAUUCCACCCUCUUUCGUCUUCUUCAAAUCAUUCGCUUCCACCAAUAUUUUCCCCUUCAAAAUCACAAGUCCUCUUUCUCUCUCGUCGUCUUCGAAAGCAUAAAAAACCACUCAUUUACCAGCCCACUAUCACUAACCUCUUUCUCCAUCCAAUAUUUUUCUUCACUGCCUUUGACAGACCUUCGGCCUUUGAUACUCAAACCGCCCUUGCUACUAUCAGUGUUUUGGUUGCCAUCGUUCUCUCUCUCUUCCUCGGCUUCAAGAGAGAUCCUUUGCCUUGCGACCGCUGCGCCGGAAAUGGUGGUACUAAAUGUGUGUUUUGUAAUAAUGGUAAGAUGAAGCAAGAAACGGGUUUGAUCGAUUGUAAAGUGUGCAAGGGAGCAGGAUUAAUACUCUGCAAGAAGUGUGCAGGUUCUGGAUAUUCAAGACGUCUAUGAGCUGUAAUUCGAUUUUGACACAAUAUUUUUUUAUCUGUAAGAAAAUUUUACUGAAGCUUUAAUUCUUUUGUCCAUAUCCUCCCUUUUUUGCCCCUCGUUUCCCCCUUUGUUCCUCUCCUCUCUAUCUCUAAAUUCUUCACUUUUUUCAUUUCCAAUUUACAAUGUAAUUGUGGUGAAGUGGAAAUAGCAAUAUUGUAAAUUCUGAUGUA